AGACAAUUUUGAACACUCAUGUGAAAUUCAUGUAAUAUUAUUUUUAAAACAUAAAUUAAAUUUGGAGUUUCUUACCUAUACAAUGUCUUGCUGUAAAAAUUUCCCUCCAUCUUCACCCCUAUCAAGAUCAGAAUCGCCGUCUUCAUCGGACCCACCCGAUAUGGAAAACUUUAUAUCAAAUAUUAUUGCGAACGUUGCUCUUGACGAUAAUUCUUUAUGUGGAAACUGUGAAGAGGGAACAUCUGCCUUUUCAAAAUGUAUUGAUUGUAGAGAAAUGUUAUGUGAUGCUUGCGUUCUUGCUCAUAAACGCGUAAGACUCACUAAAGAUCACCGUAUUAGUUUGGGUUCUCUAGGAUCAUCACCCCAUAGUGGCAACCCUUCACCCCUUUGCAAUAAUUUUAUUUCUCUUUGCGAAAAUCAUAAAGAACCGUAUAGGCUGUUUUGUCAAACUUGCAAAUCUCCUUCAUGUAGCGAAUGCCUUCUGGAAGAACAUAGCAAUCACCAAGUAACAUAUAUAGAAGAUAUGAUAGAACAAUCAAAGGAAAUUAGCUUAAAGCUUGUUGUGGAAAGUAGACAGGCUAUUUUAAAAAUCCGAGAAUCGAUUGAUACUGUACAAAGAAUGAAUGAAAGUGUAGAAAUUCGCACUCACCAAGUUUCCAAUGAAAUUCGCACAUUUACUAGAAGAUUAAUAUCGUCGUUAGAAGACAGGGAGGCCGAAUUACUUAAGAAAGUGGACCAAAUCCGCCAAUAUAAGGGAAAAAUGCUAAUGGCUCAACAGGAAAGCCUUCGAAUAGCAUUGGCAAAAUUGGCACGUACAUCUGAUUUACUAACAGACUCUAUUGAGACGUCUCAAAAUGCUUUAGAUAUUAUGAUUGGAAACGAAAAAGCUGAAGCCGAAUUAAAACAAAUUCGACCAUUUAGCAUGGAAUUAGUCCCUUGUGAAGAUGAUAACCUAAUGUUUAUUCCUGCAGAGUCUGGAUUUUUACGUGCAAUUUCACAGUUUGGUAGCAUUAGUCCAAAUCUUGCCACACAAAUAAUUCGACCAAUGGCUAGAAAUAAUUCAUUUACCUGCAACAUUCCAAAUGCAAAUUAUUCAAUAUUCUCUUUAACUAAGGAUUAUUCUGAUGAUUUAGACUUUGGCCAAACUGUUAAUAUAAGAAACCGUCCUAUUUUUGGUGCUUCUAAAAUUGUUAAAGUGAGGGAUUCCGGUCCAUUACCAUCUCUUACUUUUGGUGUUGAAGGGGAAGGCGAUGGGCAAUUAUGCCGCCCAUGGGGUAUUUGUUGCAAUAAAUUAAAUCAGAUUAUUGUUGCAGAUCGCAGCAAUAACCGAAUCCAAGUUUUUAAUACAUCUGGUGCUUAUUUAUUUAAAUUUGGAUCCCAAGGUUGUUCACCUGGUCAAUUUGAUCGCCCGGCUGGAGUGGCAGUUAAUACUUACAAUGACAUAAUCGUAGCUGAUAAAGAUAACCAUCGAAUACAAAUUUUUAAAAACAAUGGAACAUUUGCUUAUACAUUCGGAGAAAAGGGUAUUCGUAAUGGGCAAUUUAAUUAUCCCUGGGAUGUAGCUUGCAAUUCUUUAAACCAAAUUGUUGUGUCGGAUACUCGAAAUCAUAGAAUUCAGCUGUUUAAUAGCGAUGGUUCCUAUAUAACAAAAUAUGGUUUUGAGGGUACUUCUCAAAUGUGGAAACAUUUUGACUCUCCUAGAGGAGUUGCUUUUACACCUCAAGGAGGAGUUAUUGUAACAGAUUUUAAUAACCAUCGUUUAGUCGUUGUCGAAGCAAACUUUCAAAAUGCUCAAUUUUUAGGUCAAGAAGGUGCCAGUUUUAAACAGUUUUUGAGACCACAGGGUUUAAUUUGCGAUGAUGAAGGUAGAAUAAUUGUAGCAGAUUCCAGAAACAAUCGUAUUCAGGUUUUUGAACGAAAUGGAUCUUUUUUAUUUAAAUUAGGGCAAUUAGGUAAAAACCCAGGGGAAAUGGAUAGACCAAGUGGUAUCGGUCUAACUCCGGAAGGUCGUAUAGCUGUGGUUGAUUUUGGCAAUAAUAGAGUACAAAUUUUUUAAUGCCUAAUUACCUUAAUUGACUUGUCUUAUAAUGUUUAAAACUAAAUUUUUGAAUCAUUGACCAAAUUUUUGUAUGAAAACUUGAUAUUUAAAAAAAUAUUAUAAGUUACCAAUCAUAGGCAAUAAAAAGCAAAUAUCAGAAAGACUGAUUUCAAGACUGAUUUUAAAGUUAAAGCUUAGUAUAUAUCAAAGAAAUGCAAUAUUGUGUUCCUG